AUGUCUACCUAUUCAAACUUCUUUCGUUCUCUUCUUUAUUUUGGUACUAAUCAACAGAAAUGGAAAUUAACUGUUCUUGUUUCAUCAGUUGGUCUUAGUACUGCUGGUUUUCUAUGGCAUCGUCAUCAACAUCAUCAUUAUGCUAGUUCAUAUAGUCUACAUUUAAAACGUUAUUCUGCAUCUGCAGAAUAUCCUCAAUUAACUAAACAUGCAAAUUUAAUGGCUCGUCAAUUGACACCACAGAUGUAUGCUAAACUUCGUGAUCGUAUUACACCAUCAGGAUAUACAAUUGAUGAUGUUAUACAAGUUGGUGUUGAUAAUCCCGGUACACCAAUUCGUCAAUAUUUUGGUGUAUCAGCUGGUGAUGAAGAAUCUUAUAAAAUGUUUAGUGAUCUAUUUGAUCCAUUAAUUCGAAUACGUUAUAAUUAUGGAUCGGAUGCACGUCAAUAUCAUGAUACAGAUAUAACUAAACUUCGUUUUCCAUUUGAAUCGGAUAAUACAUUUGAUAUAAAUAAAUAUAUUCUAUCAUCACGUAUUCGUAUAACACGUAAUCUUUCUGGUUUUACAUUUCCAACAUUCAUGACACGAGCUGAACGUCGUCGUGCAGAAGGAAAAUUAAAUAAAGCAUUUGAACAACUCAUCAAAGAAGAUAAUCAAUUUAAUGGAAAUUAUUAUCGUCUUUCAAUGAUAGACGAACAGUUACAAAAAAAUUUAGCCAAUGAUGGUGUUUAUUUAUAUAAACCUCAAACAAUGAGUUGGCUUAGUUCUGGUGUUGCACGAGAUUGGCCUGAUGGACGAGCUGUUUAUGUUAACAAUGAUAAAAGUGUAUUUGCUUGGAUUAAUCAAAAAGAUCAUUUAAGAUUUAUUAGUUGGAGUACAAAUAAUGCAAAAAAUAAUCUUCGUUCAUUAGAAAAUGCAAUGAAAAAUGAAGGUAUAUCAUUUGCAAAUGAUGAUCAUUUUGGAUAUUUAACAACAUGUCCAGCUAAUAUUGGUACUGGAUUAAAAAUUAAUGUUUAUUUAAAAUUACCAUUGUUAACAAAAGAUCUACGUUUACCAACAAUUAUCAAAGAUCUUAAUUUAACAAUGGACGAAAUUAUGGAUCCUGAUGUAGAAGGAUUUAAAGAUUGUAUUGAUAUAUCAAAUCGUGAUCGAAUUGGAAAAACUGAAAUUGAAAUUAUUCAACAUAUUCUUGAUGGUGUAACAAAGUUAGUCGAAAUUGAACGUAAAUUAGAAGCUGGCGGUAAACUCGAUGAAUAUCUACGACGUUAG